AUGGACAAUCCAGUUUCAAUGUUCGCUGGAAACACUCAGCAUCAUUUGAUUAAUUCACUAUAUAUGAGUAAAGGUGAAUUGUCCCCCAGCCCUAAUUCCUCCCCGUAUACUACAACCAGUCCAUCUGUUCCACACCACUUCUAUACACAAAACUAUCCACUUCUGACAACGAACAGUAUAUUUUAUUCAGAACCAAGUCAUAAUUCUACCAAUAAUGUAGCUAGUAUACCAUCAAUUCUAACAAACUCUUUUGAAACACCAGCAAAUUCAGGUGGCAAUACAUUCGAUCAACUGAAUGUUAAGAAUUCAACCUUUUAUUCUGAAUCCAAUUUAUCGUCUUCUUCGUCAACAUCAUCAUCAGCAUCAUCAUCACGGACAGCUACUGCAUCAAAUUCAACUGAUGAACUACCUUCUAUUCAAAUUCCAAUGUCAUAUUCAUCAACCUCCUUUGAAAUCACCCAACACAGCAUUCCUACCACGUCAGUUAUUACAAGUCUUGCUAUAGUUACGGGCAAUAAUUGUGAUUCAUUAGAGUUAUCAGAUGAUGUAAAACAUUCAUAUAUGGUUAAAGAUAAUAGUAAUAGUAACCAUCAGUAUGAUUGUAAUGAUUUACUCACGUCAUAUAGUUCUACUCCAUUACAUCCUAGUAACUAUUCAGAUAUUGUCAAUUCACCACUUGGUCACGAUGUGGAUUGUCACCAUUUGAAAAGUUAUCGUCAACAUGAACAUCAAUCAGUGAGGAUAAAAUCAUCAGAUGACUAUGAAUCACCUACUCAUCGUGUAGUACGCAGCCACCCUUCCAACAGUCUGUAUUGGAGAAACUCAAAGGAAUCUGAUCUAUCCUCAGUUAACAAACCAAUCACGCCAACAGUUACCACCUCGUGUUUGCCAAAUCUGGUUACAGCAACAACUGACGAUGUAAAUCGACCUCUGUCUACAAUGAAUCGAACAAGAAUGUUUGACUUACAUAAACCUCUUCACACUUGCGGAGUACACCCUCAUAAUUAUCAUAGAUCCAGUUUACAUGGUUCGUUAAACAAUGAAUUCACAGACGAAAACAAUAACAUUAAGAUAAACCCAGUGAAGCAAGAAUAUGAAAUGAACCCAUCAUCAAAAUCGUUGACAUCAGCAGUGACAACAAUGGUAUCAGCAACCACUGUUGAAACAGUAGCUACCAAUCUACUGAGACAACAGUUAAGCAAUUCUUUGUAUAAUUUAAAGCAAGAAAUAAUGCCAACUCAUCAGAAUUCUCAAACAUCAUGGUCAAGUUCAAACUGUGAUUAUUCAAGUCAAAAGGAAGCAACAUUGUCUUCUAGUUACUUAAGUCUACCAUGCUCAACAGAAGAGAUGAAGAAUCCCAAUAGCCAAGGUCAUACAGAUAACAAUGAUAAAUUCAACAACUUGAAACCAGAAGACCAACAAAAAUAUCAUACAACUAAAAAUAUUCAGAAUAUAAAUCAUAAACCAACCUAUCAGAUUGCUUUAUCAUUGACUGCUAAUUUCUAUCCAACAGUAGAUCCAAUUAAUAAUACAUUAAAACACAAAGAUUAUAACUCAGAUUGGGAAGUAAACAAUCCAGUUAAUCCUCGUCGUCAUACAACUUAUGAAGAUAUGUUAAAAUCUACACAAAAUCAUUUAAUGAAUACUUUAAAUGAAUAUCAUCAAGGCAAUGAUCAACAAUUAAUGGUUAUAACUAAACAAAAUGAACAAACUUCAUUGACUACAUUGAAUAAUGAUAAUACAAAUUAUUAUCAUGAACAUUUUCCACUAUCACCUAGUCCAUUGCAUAACUUCGAUAUUAUACCAUAUUGUAAUGGGCAUAAUCUUUUUUAUCAUCAAAAUUAUUACAAUGAAAUAGAAAUUCCACCCUUUAUAAUACCUGAUUAUAAUGAACCUACAAAUCAGAAUCAAUACUAUUUGCCAAAUGAUAUGAAUAAUUCUGAGGCUAAUGAUUUAUUACAUAUGAAUAGGUUAAAUUAUUCUACAACUUCAACUGAUACUACCAUGAAUACAAUUGUAAACAGUAGUAUUAGUAGUAGCGUUCUUGGUCACAAUAUCUUUGACAAAUACAAUAAUGAAUCUUAUAUAAAUUCAUCAGAUUCAGUUUAUUCCAACAAUUGUCGACAAAUAUUCAAUAAUCCUCAUGAAACUAAUCAAAUCUCAUCCACAAACCUUUCAAGCACCUAUUUAACUAGUUUAGAUAAAGUUAAUAACAAUGUUACUAGUAGCAUAGAUAAUUCAAGAGGUUUGUUAAGUGAUGUAACGUUACCAAAUCAUUUAUAUUUUAAUCAGCUGCCUAUAAAUCCUUAUGAUCACAAUGUUGAUGGUGAUUAUCAUCACCACAGUGUACAUCCUCGUCAUCCUCCUCCUCCUCCUCGUCCUCCUCCUCCUCCUCACCAUCAUCAUCAGUCUUUUCCACUUCAUCAGCAUCAUCAUCAGGAACACGAACAACAACAUUCUCAGGCAACUCAUUUCAUUCCUGAAUGUACAAAUCUCUUCAUAAAUACACUUAAUCAUCGUCCAUCUAAUAAUAUGAAUCAAGAUUAUUAUGCUUCAUUAUUAUCGUCUUCAGAAUCACGUUCAUCAAAAACUUCGGGUACACAAUUACCUUAUAAAUAUUCAUCACCUAGUAAUCUUAUAACUUCUUAUGACUCAACGACAUUUUUGCAUGAAAUGAAUUUAGCAGCAGUCAAUUCAAAACAGUCGGAUAGAAUUUCUCAUAAUCUUUAUGAACAUAAUAUUGACAAUACUACUAACAAUAAUAGUAGUAGUAGUGGUAAUAGUCGAAUGUCAGCACUUAUGGCAGCUGCUGCUGUAGCUGCCGCUGUAUCGCACAAUAAUAAUAUAAACCCAAAUUUAGCAAAUAAUUCAAGCAUUAAACACAAUAAUAUAGAUGAUCAAUUAAGUCGUCAGUCAAAUGCUUACAGCUUAUUUGGACAAUCGAAUAAUUUACUAAUGGCUGCUGCAGCCUCAGCAGCUGGUGAUUUAAAUCUAUCCUCAGGUAAUCAGAUACGUCGACAAAGACGUGAAAGAACAACUUUUACACGACAUCAGCUGUUAAUGUUAGAAGAAUUAUACACGAAAACACGUUAUCCAGAUGUAUAUGUACGUGAAGAAUUAGCCUUAAAACUACGUCUACCAGAGUCAAGAGUACAAGUUUGGUUUAAAAAUCGUCGAGCUAAAGGACGUAAUCAACAAAGACAAAAUUCACUUAAUGAUAAUAAUACAUCAACUAGAAAUGGAUUAAAUGUUUGUCAAUAUGAUAAUGUAAAAUAA